UUUAAAUCUCGCGCAGGCGUGCUAGCUCCCUGUCGCUAUGCGGGUGCUUGUAGGUGGCGGGACCGGAUUCAUUGGGACAGCCCUAACCCAGCUGCUGAAAGCCAGGGGCCACGAAGUUAAAUUGGUCUCCAGACAGCCUGGCCCGGGUCGAAUCACGUGGAGUGAACUCAAUGAGUCGGGGCUGCCCCUCUGCGAUGUUGUCAUCAACCUGGCUGGAGAGAAUAUCCUCAACCCUCUGCGAAGAUGGAAUGAAACCUUCCAAAAAGAGGUUCUUACCAGCCGCUUGGAUACCACCCACUUGCUAGCAAAAGCCAUCACCGAGGCUGCACACCCACCUCAGGCUUGGAUUCUAGUCACAGGUGUAGCUUACUACCAGCCAAGCCUGACUAAGGAGUACGAUGAAGACAGCCCAGGAGGGGAUUUUGACUUUUUCUCCAACCUGGUAACCAGAUGGGAAGCAGCAGCCAGGCUUCCUGGAGAGUCUACACGCCAGGUCGUGGUUCGUUCAGGGGUUGUGCUGGGCCAUGGAGGUGGCGCCAUCAGUCACAUGCUUCUGCCCUUCCGCCUGGGCCUAGGAGGCCCCAUUGGUUCAGGUCGCCAAUUCUUCCCCUGGAUACACAUUGGUGACUUGGCAGGAAUUCUGACUUAUGCCCUUGAAGCAAACCAUGUCCAAGGAGUCCUGAAUGGAGUGGCUCCAGCAUCUACAACUACUAAUGCUGAGUUUGCCCAAGCCUUGGGUGCCGCCCUGGGCCGCCCAGCCUUCAUACCUGUCCCCAGCACUGUGGUACGAGCAGUCUUUGGAGAACGUGCCAUCAUGCUGUUGGAAGGGCAGAAAGUGGUCCCUCGGCGGACACUGGCCACUGGCUACCAGUACUCCUUCCCAGAGCUGAGGGCUGCCUUGAAGGAUGUUGUAGCCUGAGCAGAGAAGAAGCCCCAAGGCAGGAGCUGGGGCUGUCCCUGCAUUCUGAGAAGUGGGUCAGGUGAUCCCUGCACUUGAUUGAGAUCAGACGCCAUCUGGAUCUUAGACUCUGCCCCCCUCACUUUCUUCCCAUGUUCUGUUGAUCCACCCCUAUCUGAGAAACUCCAGUCUCAAGGAUAUAAUUUCAUUCUGUCACCUCUUCAGCUUCCUGUGGCUUCUGUGUCACAUUGCUGCCCUGGUUCUCCUAUAUGCUGUGUAGACAAAGUUCUACAGUUAUGGCAGUAAAGACAGAUUAGGAUGCUAGAUCACUGGCUUCAGCUGUCUCUUUGGCUUAUAGUCCCCUAGAAUUGUCUUAAGAACUAUUACCCUACACGGCUCUUCUCCUAAGCUGGAUUCUGAACGUUUUAAUAUGCAACCUCUCUCCUCAUCUUUUCCUUUUUCAGUCUCUCUUUCCAAAUGAGCUGGUGAGACAUGAGGUUAUGACAGAUUAAAGACAAUAUAUAUAUAAAGAUCUAACUCCAGUGAAUUCUGGUGUCACCCUGACCACCUGUUCAGAGGAUGCCAGCAAAAAGAAAGGGCCCUGUGGGUUAGCCUUCAGCAUUUACCAAACAGCCAUGAAUUAAUAUUGUAAACGCGUGCAGGUCCUAGCUCGUCAUACUGCGGUAAGACAAAGUCACUGUCACUCUAUAAGCUUGGUCUCUCGGGAUCAUUCAGCCUUCCAGGGCUCUUGGGGAAGGGAAGAUAUACCCCAUCCUUCUGUACACCCACCAUCAUGGCAAGAGAAAAGAGAAGACACCAGGCCUAAGCUUAAAAACCAGCUCUACCAGUCCCCAGUCCAGACCAUUCUCCUCUUCUCCCUUAUCAUUUCCCUAAUCAACUUGUCCCCAACACCUAAUCAAUCUGGUGUGAAAUGAAAAUCACCCAACGAAACAGACAAAGACACUGAGACCCAGAGAGCCACAUAGUUAACUCCAUGUCACUUGGGAUAAGUCAGAACCAGAAAAGCAUCUAAUUCAGGGACCUGCUACAUGAACCCAGUGGCACCUGCCUUACCUUUUUAUACCUCUAUCUGACUCUGGCCUCUAAGAAGUUGACUAGCCCUAAAUUACUCCUGGGGAAGGUAAAAGUAACAGAGAAGCAGGUUAGACUACACUAGGAAAAAAACUGAUUAACACAUCCAAGUAAGAAAUGUGCCACCUUGCAGACAGUACAUUCUCCGGCACAGACAAGAAAGAGUUCAAACAAAUACAGAGCAAUGACUUGUGGGAGUUAGAAUGUAAACAGCUUGUCAUGACAGGUCAAUGGAGUCGGUCUGUAACCAAUCAGGUAUCUCGAUCCUGACGCUUCAGCUUCUGCUUCCCAUACACACGAUGUAGCGGUGUGUCUUGCCAAAUGAAACCUGUCUUCCAUAAAGGAAAUAUUAGAUAGAUCCCACUAACAUUGUCACUGCCAAUUAUGACAUCAUGGGUUUGGUGAAUAGGCUCAACACCAAAAAGAAGAUUUAACCAGGGCCUUGUCAAUCUGUAAACAAACACUUGAAAUGCAACUGAGCAGCUGCCAUUUAUAGGAGCCCUGAGAGUAUUUAAGUAAUGCAACCGUCCACCCUAACUUGACUAUUUUGUUAACAUGAUUUUCGAA